AUGGAGGCCACUCAAGAGUCAACUCAACCAUGUACGGAUCCUCGCCGAAUGGGUCUGAACAAUUCCGGACUCCAUGAUCAAGAUCUGGCGGACAUCAUAUGCAUCCUUCACCCAAACUCCCAUGCAGCACAUGAUGCGGUGGCGGCUACUGCGGCUAUUGGAAGCCAGCACAUUCUCCAACAAGACUUAUUAGACUAUGAGCAGUCUGAUACUGCUGCGCUCGAUAUUGCCCUGCGGUUGUCCUCGCAAGUGUGCAACCUGGGUGUCGGCUUCUGCUUCGGUCGCAAUCAUGCGCGAUGCGACGUUCUCCUAGCUGUCAAUGAUCAGGCGAAACAAGUCUCCAACACUCACUUCCGAAUCUACCUCACCGGAGAUGGGAUCAUCAUGUUGCAAGACACUUCAACUAACGGCACCAUUGUAGACAACUGCCGCUUACGAAGAAACCAGAAAGAGAAUAGUCGAAUGCUCACCAAUGGCUCAGUGAUUCAAGUGGUAACCGGUGAAGGCUCCGAUGAAGUCCGCUUCAUUGUUCGAAUUCCAUCUCGCGAGGGAUUUGCACUACAAUACACCCAGAAUAUCCUUCGCUAUUUUGAACGUGUGCAAAGGGCAGCAGGAGCCGUACAGCUCAAAAAUCGCAAUGCGCCAACUACGUCAGCCCUAUCAUGGUCAGUUGCCAAUACAUAUGGUAUGCACUGGACCGGAGGCACAGUCUACAAUGUUACCGGUCAAAUUGGAAAGGGGGCCUUCGCGACAGUCUACAAGUUGGCUACCAAACAGCACGGUGCAAUCUAUGCAGCAAAGGAACUGGAUAAACGCCGCUUCAUGAAAAACGGGAUUUUGGACCACAAGGUGGACAACGAGAUGAAGAUCAUGCGAGACUUGAAACAUCCAAACAUCGUCCAAUACAUCGAUUAUCACGAGCACGAUCGCUGGAUUUACAUCAUUAUGGAGUACGUUCCAGGCGGAGAAUUGUCUACAUACCUCUCGAGCCAUGGCAAGAUCGCAGAAGAUAUGGUGAGAACAAUUGCCCGCCAAUUGCUACGAGCCUUGCAUUAUCUUCAUAAACGACGCAUCACCCAUCGUGACAUCAAGCCCGACAACAUUCUUGUUUCUUCUCUGGACCCGCUCAAAGUCAAACUCUCGGACUUUGGCCUGUCCAAGGUCACGCAAGAAGAAACUUUCCUGAAAACCUUCUGUGGCACGCUUCUAUAUUGCGCACCAGAGGUAUACCCAGACUAUGAGACCUAUCGACGUGGCGAGUUCCGAAAACGACGCCGCCUUGGUGACCCGCCUCCCAAAACGUCUCCGUACAGUCAAUCCGUGGACAUGUGGUCUCUAGGUGCUGUACUGUACCAUAUCCUAUGUGGAGUACCUCCGUACUCGGGACGCGCAGAAGAUCGCGGUGUGGCCAUGCUGCGCGGUAUCAUGGAGUCGGAGGCUAAUUUUGAUGUGCUGCGGCGCGAGGGCGUGUCGGAGUCGGGUGUAGACUUUGUUUCUCGACUUCUGAACCGUGAUCCUUUCUCUCGGCCAACCGAAAAGCAGUGUUUUCAACACCCUUGGAUCUCUGAAGUUCCCGACGUGGAUGAUUACGAAGAUGACGAUAUUUUCGCGGAUGUACGCGACGCUCUCUCGGUCAUAGGAGAAGCCGAAGAGGAGCUUGAUGCGUCACAGUUGUCCAUCCAUGAGGAAGCAGAGUACACACAUUCCGCGGGCGAGGAAGAAACAAACAGCAGCGAGGCCCUCGCCAAAAAACCACGCAUAGAGUACAUUGCCCAGGACAUUCGGUAUCCGUCUCUUCCCAAAAUCGAAAGUUUCCAAGACGGUCAGAUCGCUGCGGAGGCCCAUGCAAGGCGGCUAUUCGGCGAAGUCACAUCAUCUGCCCUGCGGAGCUCCUACUGUCUGGGACAUACAGAGUCGUAUGACCAGGGAGACGAAUAUGACCUUGAAGAAAAUCUCUCGUCGGAGGAAUCUGUGAGUGACGAACGAAGCGUCUAUUCAAUCAUAUCUCUUCCAGAGCAUCCAGUUGGCGGUGUGGCAGCGAGUCUCAUGGGAACAGAGGGCCUUGUUGGACGACUAAACAUGAAUUCAUCCCAUCCUGCCUACCCUGCACAACUGGGGGCCCUCGUGCAAACACCUACACGACAGACCAGUCCCGGUCAUAUGCCGAUCACAGUGCCUGCACACUUUGCGAUCGCCCGGGACACUCCACAUCAAACUGCAAUGGUAUCUUCGAGCGCCAGUGAAACAACACCGCGGCCGCCCAAGGUCUCGCGUCGAAUCGACCUUGAGUUACCCGAGACAGCUAGCGAACGUUCCGACAGUAGUGCACCUGCAAGUCGCGCCCAGUCUGCAAACCCACCAGAAGCGCCGGCAGAGACUGACUACGACGUGGAUCUGGCGAUCACCUUGGAUGCCCAAACCGGUGAAGUCAUUCUUGAGCAUAUGCGACAUGCGGAAGAGGAACCAUCGGAGCCUGUCGUUCACAAACAACCUGACAGUCAUGACCUUGCCGUGGGUGUGCCUGGCGCGGCUUUCACGAAGCCUUCCAAACUCUUCGGGCGGCUCAGAAGUCUCCGCGGAUCAAUCAUCGAUGUGAACAUCCGCCUUGAGAACAGACUGACUUCAUGGGGCCGUGGUCCGGACACCUCAAAUCGCUAUCCCGAUAAUCUGGACGUGCGCGUCCCCGCUUACGCUUUGGAGGUCACCUUCUGGGCUCCUGGCAUCGAGCGACGCAUUGCCGAGGGCCAGGAUUGGACUCAGGUGCCCGGUGUCAUGGCGGUCUUGUCCACCAAAACGAGCAAGUGCAUUUGGGUCAACGGUGUUCCCUUGCGCAGAGGAGGACCUGACGUUUUACGUUUCGGCAAGCUUUACACUGGGGAUAUUAUCACCAUUUACAAGAACAAAGACAAUGGCGAAUUUCUGCAACUGAAGUGUGAAUUUACCCACGGCGAGAGUGCUGGGCUCCGACCUGAGAGCGAGGCUGGGUUUAUCGUGCGUCACGCUCUUUUGACCAAGACUGACGCCUCUUACCGUCCGUCUCUACAGGCCAACCGCAUGAAGACAUCUGUGUGA